GAAAAACUAGAAAAGUUCUGGAUCUUACUUUGCGUUGGACAUUUACAGAGAAAGAUAUCACCACUUUGAUUUUGGGUCAAAGUCUUUCUUUGCUUUAAUAUAUUUCUGAUUUUCUUCCAUAUUCCUUCAUAUUUUCAAACAUGGCCGCUGAAGCCCCUGCAUCAAACGGCACUGCUGGAGAGAGAAAUGCCAUUGGUAUCUCUUUCGGAAACUCCAACAGCUCAAUUGCCUACACUACUGUUGAGGAUAAAGCUGAAGUUAUUGCCAAUGAGGAUGGUGGUAAGUAUUCAUGCCACAAGAAUAGACAAACCGGAAUGAAGGGGGCAGAUUGAUUGACUCCAAUUGUAGAUCGUCAAAUUCCUUCCAUUUUGUCUUAUAUCCACGGGGACGAAUAUUACGGUCAACAGGCCAAGCAACAACUCAUUAGAAACAGCGGGAACACCGUUGCCUAUUUCAGGGAUUUCCUCGGACAAGAGUACGUAACGCAUUAUAAAUGCCCUUUUAGAUUCUGGCUGUGUUUUCAAAGAUGGUGAAAGAUGGCUAACAUUUUGCCCCGCACUACGCACAGCUUCAAAUCGAUAGAUCCUACACACUGCCAUGCUUCAGCACAUCCUUUGGACCACGAGGGCACGAUCGCAUUCAAGAUUCAAGAUAAAGAGGAAGGCGAGCCAUCGAUUGUCUCCGUUUCCGAAGUAACAACCAGAGUAAUCCGUCGUCUCGCACAAUCCGCAUCGGAUUUUUCUGGAAAGCAAAUCAACUCAGCUGUUAUCACAGUCCCAACAAAUUUCUCAGAUAGCCAGAAGGCAGCAUUGUCAAAGGCCGCAAACGACGCUGGUCUUGAAGUUUUACAACUCAUCAACGAGCCGGUAGCUGCUUUAUUGGCCUAUGACGCAAGGCCAGAGAGCAAAGUCGCGGACAAAAAUGUGAUCGUCGCUGAUCUUGGAGGAACUCGUUCUGAUGUCGCACUCAUCGCAUCAAGAGGGGGCAUGUAUACCAUUUUGGCAACUGCACAUGAUUAUGAAUUCGCUGGUGUUCACCUUGAUAAGGUUUUGAUGGACCAUUUCUCUAAGGAAUUUAUCAAAUGGAACUCAAUCGAUCCCCGUGAAAAUGCUCGAAGUCUCGCAAAACUCAAGUUGGAAGCCGAGGCUACCAAGAAGGCACUUAGUAUCGGAACAAACUCCAACUUCAGCGUUGAGAGCUUGGCAGAGGGUAUCGAUUUCUCUUCCACCAUUAACAGACUUAGAUAUGAGACUAUCGCACGCAAGGUCUUUGAUGGAUUCAACAGAUUAAUUGAAGGCGUUGUUAAGAAGGCUGGAUUAGAUGCACUGGAAAUUGACGAGGUCAUUCUUUCUGGUGGUACAUCGCACACCCCAAAAAUCGCAUCCAACGUCCAAUUUACAUACCCCAACGCCACAGUUCUCGCCCCAUCCACUAGCCCCACUGCCAUCAACCCAUCCGAAUUGCAAGCCCGUGGAGCUGCACUUCAAGCAUCUCUCAUUCAAGAAUUUGAUGCCCAGGAUAUUGAGCAAUCUACUCAUGCUGCCGUCACCACUGUUCAACAUAUCACGAAUGCCAUUGGCGUCCUUUCCAUCUCCGGCGAGAGUGAUAAGGGUGUCUUUACACCAAUCGUUACUGCCGAAACUGCUCUCCCAGCUCGCCGAACCGUCGAAAUUGCCGCUCCUAAGGAUGGUGGUGAUGUUCUAGUCAAAAUUGUUGAGGGAGGAUCGCACAUCAAAGUCACCAAGCCAGAGCCCAAACCUAAAUCUAACGGAGCCAAGGUAGAGGACGCAAACUCUGAUGAUUCAGAGGAGGAUGACAGCGAAGAGGAAGAAGAGGAGCAACGUGAGAGAAUCUGGAAGGUCGGAAAUGUCCUUGCCGAGGCCGCAAUCAAGGGUGUCAAUAAGGGUAGCAAGGUCGAAGUCAUGAUCAACAUUAGCAAGGAUUUGUCAGUCACCGUGACUGCACGGGAAGUUGGACAGAAAGGAGGUGUUAAAGGAGUCCUCCCAGCUCCUUCAAGCUAAUUUUUCGAAAAGUCAUUAUGAUGCCAAAAUAUUACAUAGAUCGUUUAUAAGGAUUAUAGAAGUACGCCAACCGCAGGUUUUUGCGACAGGUAGAUAAAACUCAAACAAGAAAAUUUCUCAAUCUUAUGCCACGAGUGGGCGUACGCCACUUCUUGGUGCUCAAGACCUUUUGGACUUUAACUUGAAAACAUUAAACAUGUGCAUGGAACCAAUGUAUUCAGCUGUAUUAUACUUCGGAUUUGAUG